AUGACAGGGAUGCUCCCCGGAAAGAUCAAGGGUUUUGGCGGAGCCAUGGAUCUGGUAUCCAACCCGUCCGCCACCAAGGUGGUGGUGACGAUGGAGCAUACGGACAAGAAAGGAAACCCCAAGAUUGUCAAGCAGUGCGAGUUCCCUCUGACCGGUAAGACUUGCGUCAGCCGAAUCAUCACUGAACUCUGCGUGUUCGACGUUGACUUCACCGACGGUCUGACCCUGGUCGAGCUGGCCGACGGAGUCACGGUGGAUGAGGUCCGCAGUAAGACGGAGGCUCCUUUCAAGGUGGCUGAUGACGUGAAGCCUAUGCUGUAA